AUGAGACCACAUGAGGAGAAAGUUGUUAAAGAAAGAGAAGAAGAAGAAAACAUUGAUCUAAGUCUAAGUCUUUCGUUGAAUGGGAAAUUUGGUGUUGAUCCACAAAGAAAUCAGAGGACAAAUUCUUGUCCGGAGGUCUUGAUCACUCCGAACCAAAGGAGCUCGCCGAUUUCUGAUGACAAUGGAGGUGAAUCAAAGAUGAGGCAGCCACCUGAUUCACAGGGUAGUAACUCUUCUUAUUUUCAGUGUCAGACCAUAAAAGGCCAGGGAUAUCCUGCAAACAUCAGGUCUUCAAAUGGUGUCCGAAAUGUGGCAGGAAAUACACCACCGAAAGCCAUACCUGCAGCAAGAGGCAAAGUUAACGGGAUAGUGUUCAAUAAUACAGGCAUGCCAUGUGUGUUUACAACUGUACAUGGCCAAAAGAUAGAAGGGUUUCUCUCCAGGUACAACGAUGAAGAUGACGUAAUUAUCAUCUGUGCCUGUCAUGGUGAUUCAAUGACUCCCUCCGAGUUCAUCAAACAUGCAGGUGGCGGUGAUGUGGCCUAUCCCUUAAGAGACAUCAAGAUGAUUAAGCGAAGUAUCUAUAAUUCUGUUUAG